GAGGGAGAGAGAAUAUUAUAAAUAGUUUAGAACCACCCAAUAGAUCACUAACUCGAGUAUCUAAAUUUGUAACCGUCCAGACCGACGAGAGGUCGGAAGAGAUUAGGGUAAUCUUUAGAAUAGAGAAUCUCAAUGUCAACCUUUCAGCAACACUACCACUUGUAAAAUCAAAUUCAUAUUUUUUAUUAAUAUUCUGGCUUUUGGGCCAGAAGCAUCUUUUGAACACCUCCAGCUGCAACCUUCAGACUACCAACACAGGAAAACAUAUGCCAUUCAAGUAUAAAUUAUAUAUAUAAAUGCACUUCAGUAUUGACAGGAUCGACAACGUCACAACACCAUGCCCCUUCACAUACCCUAUAACUUUCUAUAAAUGCACUUCAUCCUUCUGCCAACCUGUUUACAAAUUCCUCCCACUCCCAGCAUAGGUUUUAAACUAUUGUUUACCCAAAUACCCAAGUUUUAGCAUUCCAAGCUCUUUUCGUUUACUAUCCACAAUGGUCUCCUUCAAACUUUCUAUCAUUCUGCUCUCUCUGUCUCUGCUCCAAAUUCUAUCAGGUGUGUAUUCAGCAACAUUCACGAUAAUAAACAAGUGCAGCUACACAGUUUGGCCGGGCAUUCUAUCUGGCGCAGGGACCCCACAGCUCUCCACCACCGGCUUCGCCCUCCAACAUGACGAAUCCAACACACUCGAUGUACCGACCUCGUGGUCAGGCCGUUUUUGGGGUCGAACACGUUGCACUCAGGACCCCACCGGUAAAUUCUCAUGCGUCACGGGAGAUUGCGGUUCCUCAACAAUAGAAUGUGCCGGAAGUGGAGCGGCGCCUCCAGCCACCUUGGCCGAGUUCACGCUGAAUGGAGCCGGUGGGCUCGACUUCUACGACGUCAGCCUCGUGGACGGAUACAACCUCGCCAUGGCCGUUGUGCCCCAGGGUGGAACCGGAGGAAACUGUACAUCGACGGGGUGCGUGGCGGACCUGAACAGUGCGUGUCCGACGGAGCUGAAAUUGAUGAGCGGCGGUGAGGAGGGCGAGAGCGUGGCUUGCAAGAGCGCGUGCGAGGCGUUCGGGGACCCGCAGUACUGCUGCAGUGGGGACUACGGGACGCCAGCAACAUGCAAGCCUAGUUCUUACUCGGAGUUGUUCAAGGCUGCGUGCCCCCGCGCUUACAGCUACGCCUACGACGAUGGUACCAGCACCUUCACCUGCGCAUCUGCGAAUUACGUAAUCACUUUCUGCCCUUCACCAUCCGCCAGUCUCAAGUCCACGAAUGGAGAAUUUCCAUCUGCUGUCCAAGUCUCAGCUGGCACACGUGAAACAUCGACAAGGUUCAUUGGCUGUUUCCUCGCAGUUAUGGCGGUUAUGGCAGCUGCUUGGACUCUGGCAGGACACUAAUCAAUGCUUUCCAGGCCGCACUAACUUGGAAUUAGCAAAGUUACCUUUGUGGCCGGACUGAACCUUCGGCGGGACCUGGUGUAGCCGUGUAGGGUCUGAAGUUUUGGCAGAGAGAGAGAGAGAAGGUUGAAAUUUUGGUACUUUGUGUUGGGGGGUUAAAAUUAGCAUUGUGGCCCAAAGGUUGGUCCUCGUCGUUGGUCUGCUGCUGCUGUUUUGUUUGGUCCAGUGUCUUUUCCCGACAUCGAGAACCCAACUUUCAGAUACAUGCAGAGAUGGAUGGAUGAUGGGGAGUUUUCAGGAAUGAUGACCGAAAAUUUGUGUACAUAUUUUUUAUGGAAUCUUAUUUUAAUUAUUUU